GGAAGGGCAGGAAGCAGAUGGAGAUUAUCUGGAUUACAUUUUCUGCACUGACGGAAAAGGUAUAAUCUAAUUAGAAAUGUAAAACCUCAGGAUUGCGCUCCAUUAUUCCCUAAUUCCCUGCGGCUGAUCAGCACCGGGGCACGAAACGCUGCCAGAAACUGCACCGGAUUCCCAAUAUUCUGAGCAGAAUUCACGUCACUGGACCCAACAAAUCUUGAAGAAAUGUUCAGGAGUUACUGGGAAUCUAGUAGGGAUCCAUUUCUGCACCUUCCGUCUAGGUAACCUGUUGAGGCCAAAAUGAAGCCCACGGAACACUGACUGGAAAUAAGAAAAUCUUUCCAAAAUGAACCAAAAUGUUCUAAUUGUCGCCCUAAUAUGGCACAUAGCGCAGUACAUGGUGGCAUUAAAGGAACACCAACGCGCCCAUCAGCUGACAGGGAUGGCCCAAUGCGGCGAGUACAGCUCUCAGGUUCUGGCCAAUGGAAAGUGCAAGAUUGUCGCUACUUUGCCUCAACACGAGGGCCACAGGUGCCCAGAUAUGUUCCGCUGCACAGAGGAGGUUUCCUACUGGUUGCACGAGAACAAGGAACGUAAGCAGGAGGUUCUAGAGCUGAGGGAACUCGUCUUUGAGCUUCAGGAGGAACUUCGGAACCACAGGCACCGGCUAAAAGUGUUAGAGAUCCAGUGUGGUGGUGGGAAUCACAGUUCCACAGUGGUGCGCAGAGUGCAGAACCUAGAGAGCUGGGCAGGGGAGAGCAGUGCCCUACAGCGCAUCCAGGCCGCCUUCAUUUACGAUCUUCAAGGGCAACUUCUCAACUUGUCCUCCUUGGUGGCCAGAAAUCACCAGAACUCUUCCUGUUGGGUUGCGGCUGAACUACAGGCACAGCAAGCACAUCCCCAAGCAGAAUUUCAGCACUCCCGGAGCUGCCACACUGACUGCUCGAGCCUCUAUUACAAUGGGAUUGAUAGGUCGGGAAUCUAUACAAUUGAGUUGGCCGCAGGAGGAAUCCCAACAGACGUUCUCUGCGACAUGGAAACAGACGGUGGGGGCUGGACUAUAAUACAGUCUAGACAGGACGGGUCCGUGGGCUUCAACAGAACCUGGGCAGAAUACAAGGAAGGCUUCGGCCAUUUAAAUGGUGAGUUCUGGCUGGGAAAUGAGAACAUCUACAGAAUCACAAGCAGAGGAGACUAUUCCCUUCGCAUUGACUUGGAGGACUGGGAUGGAAACCAUAAGUACGCGAUGUACAGAAGCUUCAGCAUUGAAGAUGAAGGCAACCACUACCGGCUGAAUGUGGAGGGGUUUAGCGGCACCGCCGAGGAUUCCUUUGCCUGGUACCAUAACAAGAGGAGCUUCAGUACCCCGGAGACUGGGAACCUGUGCGCGGAAAUCUCCCACGGGGGCUGGUGGUACCACCAAUGCUUCUACUCCAAUCUAAAUGGCGUUUACUAUAGGGGAGGGGGAUACAUGAGAGGACGGGGUGCCCUGGGCCCAGAUGGCAUUGUGUGGUACGGCUGGAGGAACACCGACUACUACUCGCUGAAACGAGUCUCCAUGAAAAUACGGUCAAGGGCAUUUCGACUCCACCGAUCCCUCUGAUGCAAUGUCCUUUGACUGGGAAUAUAUUAAAGGGAAAGUAAACCCAAACACUGCACAACUUUCUAAGCAGUAUCUGUCCGUCCUUUGCUAUUUCCUCCCCCCAGGACUCAAGUUCUGCAACGCUCUGCAUUCUCUAUCCAUAACAGACCAGUAAAGGAGGAGAAGCAUGCAAGGCAUUAUGGGAAUUGGGGAAAGUUCCGCUGCAUUGUUUCAAUGGUACAUUUACCCGGUAUAAUCUAAACAGAUAUUUAGUACAGCCACGGGCUGUUUGUAUCUGGGGACUCAGUAAUGUUCAUUUAACCAGUGUAUAACAAGCCCAGAACAUUGCACUUGUGUAUCAGACUCACAGGGAUCCCGGAACCUUCCGGAAACAUUACAUAGGAACAAAUUAGCACAUACAGCCCUGACAUUUAAGAGCAGAUUCAUGCAUUAACCCACAGAACUUACAUUUCAUAUUAAAGUGGAUGGAUUUUGCCCCACAGUAUAAAUUAGAUUGAACCUGGGGGCACAUUAAUAUUUUUACAAGAAGCCAAACCUUUGUGUUGCAAACAGCAUUAUUUUUGACCAAAUGCAAGAUUCUAAAGUCUCUAGCGCCAUCUGCUGGUACAAACGAUAUAAAUGUGAGUCAGAGAUCCAUCCAGAUUGUUAUUAUGAUUCCUGCACAUACUGGGGCAACAUUCAGUUAGAGUAGUAAGGGCAAGAUGGAGGCAGUAGGGCAAGAUGGAGACAGUAGGGCAAGAUGGGGACAGUAGGACAAG